AUGGAGGAAAAUAGACAGCCACUUCUGUCGCCAAGAGACGAUGAGGUGGUGGCAGUUCCACAAUCUCAUCAUCAUCUGGUGCAUGACAACCUAGAGUCCUUCCCUGCUCCCGCAAACCCUUCUUUCAUUUCCUCCACCACCUUCAACCCCGACUCCGACGAUAUCCCACCCAUCAAAGGCGUCCGCGACUUCUUCCGGGAGUUCAACCGAGAAUCCAAGAAGCUCUGGUUUCUUGCCGGCCCCGCCAUCUUCACUUCACUAUGCCAGUACUCUCUUGGCGCCGUCACUCAAGUCUUCGCCGGCCAGGUCAGCACCCUCGACCUUGCCGCCGUCUCGGUCGAGAACUCGGUCAUUGCUGGAUUCUGCUUCGGCGCUUUGCUCGGCAUGGGGAGCGCGCUCGAGACCCUAUGCGGCCAAGCGUUCGGGGCCGGACAGCUGGACAUGUUAGGAAUCUACAUGCAGCGUUCAUGGGUGAUACUGAACGCCGCCAGCGUAGUGUUGUGCUUCCUUUACAUAUUUGCUCAGCAGAUUCUGUACGGAAUAGGGCAGACGGCGGCGAUAUCCAAGGCGGCGGGGGUGUUCGCCAUAUACAUGAUACCUCAGCUGUUCGCGUACGCCAUGAUUUUUCCGUUAUCCAAGUUUCUGCAGUCGCAGAGCAAGAUGAUGGUGAUGGCGGCGAUCGCGGCGGUGACGCUGAUACUGCACACGGUGUUCAGCUGGCUGCUGAUGUUAAAGCUCGGGUGGGGGCUGGUGGGCGCGGCGGUAGUGUUAGACGCGUCGUGGUGGAUAAUAGUGGUGGCUCAGAUGGUGUAUAUCGUCUCCGGGACUUGUGGUCGAGCGUGGACUGGUUUCUCAUGGAAGGCCUUCCAUGGUCUGUGGGGGUUUGUCAAGUUGUCUCUUGCAUCUGCAGUCAUGCUCUGUUUGGAAGUAUGGUACUUUAUGGCAUUGAUUCUCUUUGCUGGAUAUCUAAAGAAUGCAGAAAUUUCUGUGGAUGGCCUAUCCAUAUGCAUGAACAUCCUGGGAUGGACAAUCAUGAUGUCCUUUGGCAUGAAUGCAGCAAUAAGUGUGAGAGUAUCGAAUGAACUAGGAGCAGGACAUCCAAGAACAGCAAAGUUCUCGCUAGUAGUGGCCGUAAUAUCUUCAUUUCUCGUCGGUGUUCUCCUCUCGCUCAUCCUCAUAAUCAGCCGGAACCAAUAUCCAGCCUUGUUUUCAAGUGAUGCAGAAGUUCAAGCGCUCGUUGUGCAGCUCACUCCCUUGCUGGCGACCUGCAUUGUCAUCAACAACGUUCAACCUGUACUCUCUGGUGUUGCAAUUGGAGCAGGAUGGCAAGCUUUUGUGGCUUAUGUCAACAUAGGCUGUUACUAUAUAGUCGGGGUACCCUUGGGUUUACUCUUUGGGUACUAUUUUGACUGGGGUGUUGAGGGGAUUUGGAUUGGAAUGCUGUUAGGGACGGUUCUUCAGACUUGUGUCCUCUUCUAUUUGGUUUACAAGACUAACUGGAACAAAGAGGCUUCCAUAGCUGAAGACAGGAUAAGGAAAUGGGGAGGCCAAUCAGAUAAUUCCAAAGACAGGGAGAACAAUGGCGCAAUGACAUAGAAAGCUUUAGAACAACUGAACAACACAAUGCAUCUAGGCAGCACA